UGCUGCUUUUCCCUUUGUUUCCCCCUCUCACUAAGCUCAGCUUUCCAUAAGCCAUUCCACACAGAUACCCACGAAGAGAGGCAGAGAGAAAAGCUAGUUUGCCUUGACAAUACAGAAAGAGUUGCUAGAAAUGGCACUGAACCUGUCAUAUGAUCAUGCAGAUGAUGACUAUAUUGACAUUGAAGUCGGCUCGUACUCUAAUUUUCUCUGCAACUCCAAAAGCUCUCCUCCACAAGCAAGAGAAUUUGAAUUCCAAAUGUCUUCAAUUUCACUUGAAAAAGAUACCACCACUUCUCCAGCUGAUGAGCUCUUCUACAAAGGAAAGCUCCUUCCUCUUCACCUCCCACCUCGUCUGCAAAUGGUAGAAAAGCUCCUGGAACACUCCAACUCUCCAUAUGAUUGCAGGAAAGAUACCUUUGAAGAAUUCUUUAGCACCCCAGUAAUGACUACUGCAACAACACCAACUACAACCAGUACCCCGUUUGAAUCCUGCAAUAUUUCACCUUCUGAGUCUUGUCGGGUAAGUCGAGAGCUAAAUCCUGAAGAGUAUUUUUUGGAGUAUUCAAAUGAAGAAAGUGGUUUCAUUGGUGAAAACCAAAAGAAGUCCUGGACUAAAAAGCUUAAGUUAAUCAAGCAAUCCUCGCUUAGUUCCAGGCUGAAGGCUUCCAGGGCUUAUCUAAAGUCUUUCUUUGGUAAGUCUGGUUGCUCAGAUGAUUCCUGUACAGCAGCAUCAAAAGUUGCAGACGAACGAAUUGUUUCGAAAGCUAAAGAGUCUUUGAACAAAUGCGAGAAGACACUAAAGAAAGUCCCUUUUGGACAAAUUCAGAAGGAAAAAAGCCAAAUGCCAACAACUUGUGUGGGCAAUGUUAACAAACAGAAGAUCAGUAAUGAGGAUAGCAAUGGUCGCCUUCACAGGCGAUCGUUCUCGAUGGCUAUCAAACGUCAUUCGACAAACAAGUCUUCAUCAUCUUCUUCAUCAUCAUCAUCCGGCUCUUCUUCAUCUUCGAGCUCAACAAGUACGAAUGGAUUUUAUGGGCUGCCAUUUCUAAAGAGAUGCAGCAGUGUAAAUUCAGAGAUUGAGAAUCCAAUUCAAGGAGCGAUUGCACAUUGCAAGCAGUCUCAGCAGCUGUUCUACCCAAGAAAGUUUGCAACUGAAGUUGGGUUUUACUCAUUGUCAACUUCCAAAAUAGCUAUUUGUGAAGAACAAGAGAGACCAGAGCUUUGCAGAGGAUGAACUUCACUAAACAGUUAACAGUAAUUAGAUUAGCUUCUGAUGUGUUUUCUUGUUUCUCUUUCAUUAAUCCAAUUAUGUGCAUCCUUUUGUUCAGGGCAUCAGUUAGAGCUGUUAAUGCCUGUGUUUAAAUGUUAGACCAGACAUUUCUGUGGAAGUUUCUUAAAAUGCCCAACAAUGUUUUUUUCGCCUCAGACUAAGGCAUAAUGAGUACUAAACAAGCAAUGAAUA